CAAGUGUGUGUUAUGCUCUAUGGCAAAACGGGAAGAGAGACGAUCUGACAUUAUAGGUGUUUUCCCAGUGCUUGGGAGUAUAUGUAUUUCUCUCUUGUAAAUGUGAACUAAGGCUGCAGCUCUACCGUAGUGAGGGCAUUCAGGUGGUUUCUUCUUCUGUUUUCCUGGCAUCUACUUUCACAAAAUGUGUAGAAAGAUGAUUCUAUUUAAUUCUAUUCUAUUUUACUCCUCUUUCAUAUUUGUUUUUAUUAACCAAUGGAUCCAAAAUUUAUGGGUGGAGAGGAAAAAAGGGAGAGAAAAGCACAAAAAUGAUCACAGAAGACUUACUUCCAUAAGAAGUGAGUAAAAAAAAGGGCAGAUGAAAGUGCAGAUUAAACAUCUUCUGUUUCUUGUCCACCUGCUCACCAGUUUAAUUCUUCAAUGACCUUGAACAAGUCAUUCUGUCACAGAAAAAUAAUGAAGUCAGUCAAGAAAAGUACUUCUUUCUCUCCCCAGUCCCUGUGGAUGUUUUAUUUCAACAGGGAAGUAGAAACUUCAUUUUACUAUUUGUUUUUUUCAGAAUUUAAUAUAAUGCAGCCUUGGUUUUGGUUGCAGCUUCUAAAUACUAUGGUGAUCCAAUCCUUACAUGGAAUUAAAGAAAUAAACUAUAAGCAAAUUAAGACCUCUAAUUAAUAACCAGCAAAAUAUGGAUGAAACCUUAACUCUAAUCUUUUUAAUCCAUAUAUCACUGGCCUUUUAAUAAGAUGAUCUCCAAAUGCAAGCUUUCUGCUAAGUAGCUGGAAGAUAAAAAUAAUAUGUUCCUAUAUCUACUUACUAGAAUUACACUUAAAGACUUGGGCUUUAUAGAAGCACAGGGAAAGUUGUGACACUUAUAAGAGAUCCAAAGCUGUGUAUCAGUCUUUGGCUUAUGUGGAGAUCAAUCCAACAUACAUAUAAUUUUCAGGAUCUAAAUGUUAGAACAAACUAAAACAGCAGUUCUCACAUGUAGCUAUCAGGAACAUCAUAUGUAGUCACCAUGUGCAAAUAAAUAACGUCACUAUUCCAUUCCAGCUGCUCUGUCUUACACUGAGAAAAUAUCAUGCGUUUACUGAAGGUGUAUGUGUAGUCACAACAACAACAAUUUGUGGCCCUCUGCUUUAAAUCACGUAUACCUGGCAAUACGUGCACCAGAUGGCUUUAAACUAACUACACAGCUGUAUAAGCCUUCAGUAUCAUAACAAGAUUAUAAACCUGAUGUUCUUGUGACAAAGUCAUUAUAGUUUAAGCAGUUUGGCAAGAGAUUCAUUGGUACUUCUCAGGAUCUUAUUUUGUGAUAGAUUUACCACAAUAGUUUUUUUAAUCUUAUGUAGCAGAAAUUAUUACAUGGGAGAUAGUUUUAUGAACCCAGGUAUCUAUUUUGGUAGGAAUGGAACAGUAAAUCGCAGAAUCACAGAAUGGCUGGGGUUGGAAAGGACCUCUGAAGAUCAUCUAGUCCAACCCUCUUGCUAAAGCAGGUUCACCUAGAGCAGCUGGCACAGGAUUGUCCCCAGGCAGAUUUUGAAUAUCUCCAGAGAAGGAGAUUGCAGAAGAAUGAGUGGAUUACAAACAGUCACAGAACUUUCUUAAAUUAAAGACAGUCAGUGAUUGAGUUUGCAUAAGAAGAGCACCAGCAAACCAGCUGGUUAUCAGUCACAGAAGUAUAGAAACUUCAGUCCUCUUCCAGGAUUUUGAGAAGUGUAAAGCUAAUCUAUAUGUUGACUUGUUGCAAAUGAUUUUUACAUACUUGCUAUUUUUAACCUGUAGAUCAUGUAUCUGUAUUUUGGUUUUCCACAGUGGAUAAAUUAAGUUUCUAUUUAAUACUAAAGCUACAGAUGAGGGGGAAAGAUAUGAGAGAAGUUUGUAUUGAGGAGGUGAAAAACCCACCAGAUAGAUAGUCCUGCCUUUCUCUGGCCAAACUGAUUCUGAUUUUUUUUAAAUACAGUGUAGCAUCCUAGUCUGCUACGUGAUAAUUAUGGGAGCUAAAUUCAUUAAACAAAACAGAUAAUUAAAAAGUCAUAUAUCUAGGUUUCUGCAAAAAAUUGCAUACAGAAUGGCCAUUAAACAACUCAGCACUUAGCAAGCCAAAUGUAAAAGCCACUGUGAGCCAGUGUCCAUAGAGCCAAUCUGGCCAGAAGUUCAGUCCCUGUGCUAUUUCUGAUCUCUUCAUAAUUUAAGAAAGUGUCUUAAACACCAUGUAAGUGCCAUCAUAGAAGGCUUGAGCUAGAAAAGUGUAUUAAAUAGACACUUAUAGCAGAGAAAUCUAUUUUCAUGUCCUCUGAAGUAACACAAGAAAAAGAAAUCUAAAUUAAGCCUUUGGUUCCAUCUUAGCCAAAGAAGCCAGCACUUAAAAAAGAAGCAGUCAGAAAAAUGGAGAACUGAAACUGAAAUUCUGAGUGAGAUACUCUUCUAUCCCAGCAAAAACAUAUCUCUCAAACAAGUGUUGCAAAUUGCUUCACUCAGAACAAUGAUGGAAACACUACAGCAGCACUAAUCAGAUAAAAAAGGACAUCUAAAGGGAUGUAUGCUGCACAGAUCCAUGAACACAAAAUGUACAAUAAGAUAACUUAUUACAAUGAACUCUGGAAAGUUUAAAGAAAAAUAUGCAACCAAAAAAAGGCCAUGAACUAGAAGUGGAGAUCUACAGUUACUACCCAUUUCAAACCCAAGACAGUUAUGCCAGGACUGUGAAAAGACAAAUUGCAUGUCCUUUUGUUCCAGUAUCUAAAAGCUUGUUCUAAAAAAUUUUUGCUCAAGUAUUGGUUGUAGUCUAAAUGUGUUAACACUGUACUGCAGCUAAUUUAUCCUGCUUUCCAAGAGGAUAAUAUAUCCUAUCUACUGUAUUACUGUAGCUGGAGUGUUUCUGAUACCAAACCUAGUAAUGGUAACUGUCAAUGUAUCAUAGGACACUUGUACAGACUUUGUACAGACUGGACUGGAGGACUCACCAAUUGCUUGUAAGAUGCAAAACAGUUUCAUUUGUUCUGCAACAUUUUCAGGUUUCAGCCAGGAUUCUCCGGGAAUUCAUUUCAUACCCAUCUUCCUCUCCAGUAUUUCCUUUCCCUCAAGAACAUUCCUUGUCUCCUAGCCUAAUGUAACACCUGAACAACCCGUCUCAGUACUCUGGUACAAUCGGUAUGAAAUAUCAACCUCAAACUCACUUCUUAAAACACAUAUGCAAGUUCCCUGGUCUAACACUUCAUUAGGUGAACUUAAGAAAAUGAGAUUUAGACCAGGUCAGGGGAACACAUUCACUGCAGAAGACCAAGGGGCAGAUUCUUAGUGUGGCUCUUUGGGAAGAUGCAAGACAUGAAUGACAGAUGAAAGAGUACUUCACAGGCUAAAAUUCACUUUCCCUGUAUUGACAGGUACUCAGGAAAGAUCACAGUGGAAUUGUUUUAUUAAUAAAACAUUAUUAGUGCAUAUUUCACACUGCAUAAAAUUAUUAAGCAUAUCUAGCACUGGUGCAGUGCAUCACUUCUAUUUUACUUAUGAGAUAUUUAUCUGUUUUGUUUUAUUUUAAACAGUUUCUUGAUAAAUAACAUCAACAAUAUUAUUUUUGAAGGCCAUAAGCAGUGUCUCCUCUAGACUCUUAACCAUCCAGUUGGGACAGAUAAGAAAAAACGUUCAGGAGUUCUCAGCAUUUUGAAAGUCAUGGCAAAGUUUUUUUAGAUUUUGAGAUACAAAACCACUUGGGGAUGGAGAAAUUUACCUCGCCUUGGUAUUAAGUCCACAUUCAAACAGCAUGCUGCAUUCCUAAGCUUUUUGCUCUCACAAUGCCCGUGUGAAUAAUGAAAACCACAACACAUGGGUCCCCAAAGAUCUUCACACAUUUCUCAUGAGGUAGGCAUAGAAACAUGCUUUCAUUAAAAAUUAAGUUUGCCUUGCUGAAUAAUGUAUAUUAUAACUUUCCAUUCACCAGCCACAUUUGUGUGUGUUGGCAGCAUGCAACAGCAAUUUGCUGCAUCUCCCUCACUGCAUCAUGAUCAACUCUCUGUUACUUCUCGGCAUAGAUGCUGCAUUUCUCCUGUUUGUAUCCCUCUUUCUCCAAAACACUUCUCUUUUCUGAAUUCUGUUUCCUAUUUUACAUCACUUUGACCCUAACACUGCAGGGUGGAUUUUCAUCUCCCACCAGGUCGUUUUGCUGAAGUACUGUCCCAGGGCUUGUUUUUUGCUCCAGGCCUCUCAUUCACUGCACUCCUGCUUGAGCCCAGCUGCCUCACCAAAGACUGCCAUGUCUUUUAAUAUGCCCUGCUUCCCUUUUUAUUCCCUGCUUUGCAGUUAACUAAGAGCCCCUCCUCCCUUAGUCGAGGACAGGUCUCUCCCAUAGAUCUCUCCCGGCCCUGAGUCAUCUCUCCACCUGCUACCAGUGAGCUGUCUCCUCAAAAAACUGUUGGGAGUUGCCCUCUUCUUCUCUCUAAAUGCCUCCUCACAUGUAGGAGAAGCCCCCUGUACCUUCUCCCCUCCUUUCAGCAGCCAUGCAUGAGUGGGCUGAGGAGAGGCGCCCCAAAGCCUGAAUUAAACAUUUCAGCCUGGGCAGGUUGUCCCUUGGUGUUUGGAAGACAUUUGAGUUUACUUCAGCCCAGCUCUGCCCAGGCAAAAAGUUUGAGUGAGGAACAACUUCUGAUGCCUUCGGUGGAGGUCACGUUUGACCCUACAUCAGUCGAGAGCAGGGAGGGCCCAGCCUGCUGGCAUGGCUCCCUACGCCCUCACUACUUCCAGGAGUUGCCUCCAGUCGCAUCUUGCUCGAAGUUCUGAAAUGUUUGGCAGUUGUUAUGGUAUGUCCUAUUUCCAGCUUGUACAGGAAGCGGACAUGUUGAAAUUGCAGAAGAAAACAAGCCUGUUUGUCUUGUAUUUCUGGCUAAGGCUGGAAGUGGAGUGCAAGCAAGAAGUUGAUUGUGUCUCAUCUGUUGUAUGGGGAAGUCUCCUGUAGCUCCUUGCAUCAAUGUGCUAACUUUGUGAGGAGAUUUGUCCCGAUUAGGAUUCCUGUCCUAGCCUGGAAGAGUCAAAGAUAGUAUCUUCUGAUAAGCUCUGCAAGUUAUGUACUCGAUCCAAAUGGAUCCUAAAGGCUUUAGCAGGAAUUUGGGUAUAGUGAGUGACAUGCCUGACAACCAAAGACAACUGAAGUAAAUAUUACAUUAGAUAUUUAAGCAUUGGCUUACAUGCAAUGAGAGGUUGUUCCACAGACUUUUUGAUCUCAUCAUCCUUCAAAAUGUCUCACAGGCCACCCUACGCUUCUGUCAUCACAUCUGCCAGACAUUUUAGAAAGGUGAUAUGGCUGCAGAGACCAGAUGUGGAUGGACGCUAGUUAUGAUCUUACAGAUCUAAUUGAUUUUUGAAUUAAAUCCUCCUCUUAAUGAUAUAAAUAAGUCAUUGUUUGGGUGAUCUGUUUAUUGGAAUACUGUGGCUUGAUGAGUGUUCCUAAGGCACUGUUUCCUUCAAGCAGACAAAUUAGCAUAUGGUACUAAUUGUACUCUGAGGUUAAAUGUAAGACCAUAGCUAGUCAAGAAGACAAAAUAAAAGUUGAGACUUUAAUAAAAAUAUCCAGUGUUGCCUAUGAGGAGUGCAUGCUUCUGAAAGGCAGGUGAGCUAAUAUGUCAACUUUCCAGGUUCAGAUUAAGAAAACUUUUGUAGAUCUAUGGCCAUCAAACAUGGCUAGCAACCUCCAGUGAUGCAGCUCUGUGUGUUAAUUAACUCUUGUUAUGUAGAUACUCAGCGUGUGGAGUCUGUUAUAUGCCAAAGUUACAAGACUAAUGAAAAGUGAACAAUACUGUUUUAGGAAAAAUGUAACUACAAAUUAUUAUAGAAAUAUAAGUAUUUUGUACUUCAGCUUCAGAUACCCAUUUGUUUAAUGCAAGAUUAUGGCCACAACUGACUAUUGUUUCUGAAUCUUUUAAUCCUCAGAUAAGAAAAUGCUUUUCCUUUAAGAGACAGCGGGCAUCUAUGGAUUCUCUGCAUGUGUUUAAUUCUCUUAAAUAACAACAACAACAUCAACAACAACUAUAGAUAAAUUAAAAAUAUUCAAAUUCAAACCAGUUACUAAGCACAAGUUCCUCUUCCUCCUUAUGUGGAAACAGAGUCUUAUACGUUAAAUUUGCAUACGUUAAAUUUGAGCUCUUUCAUUUUUACUUGCAUUCAUAUCUACAUUCAAGAACUCUAUAUUAAUCUGAUAAUACAAUGAGUGGUUUUCCUUGUGUGUUAGCAACAUUUUUUUUUCUCUUGGCAUUGCAACUACAAGUGGCUUCAAAAUUCUACUACAGUUGUAGCCUGUGAUAUAAGAAGGCUACCAAAAUCAGAAGGCUUUAUAUACAGUAGGCUGAAAAAUCUCACAGAAGAUGAUCUGUCUAGAGCAUAUUCUGAAUGUUAGUUCUCUAUGGCAAGAGGUGUCUACUCUUCCAUUUACAAAACCAGUGAAGACUUUUUUUCUGUGCCCUCGCAGAACAUCAUAAUUAGCACAAUUCAUACAAUUCAGGCAAAUCUAUUAGUAGCAUAGGCAGUGUCAUUUCAUUGAAUUAUGUGUUCAUGUCACAGUAGAAUUGGGCACUUUUAAAUGUUUCAGAAGUUGCUCUUAACCAAUGGAGCAAUACCUACAUUAUGCUGUUAUAACCAAAUACAGUGUUAGAGGCUGUAUAUAAAAAGAGUGAGUUAUGGUGGUAAAGAGCAGUACAAUAUGUAUUCCUUGAAAUGGAGAAAUGAGUCUACAUUGAAGGGGUUAGAAAUGGGCUUGUUUGGAGAACUUCUGGGUGCACACGGCUAUGAACAAGUGUCUGGGGGAUUUCUAGAGGUAAAACUCAGAGGGCAUCUCUAGGUCCUGAAGUGCUCGUAGGUGGAUGAAUUCCUGCAUUUAUUCAGGUUUUAAUAUAUUUUCCUAUGGAAAUUUUUACAUUAACUGACAAACUCCCCUCAGUCUGUCUUUGUCAAUCUGAAUCUUAAUGUAGCCAACUGUUCUGCUCAGUUCUUAUACUACAUUUGUGGUGAAAGAGUAUGAGUGUGUGCUGUGUCAGCCAUGGGAUUAUUUGUACUAGAUUUUGCAAAAUUUCCCAUACACACUUUUAAAACAACAGCAGACUAUUGUGAGAAUUGGUGGAUACCACAAAAAUAAUUGUUUUCAGAAGUUAAAAUAGAUGUUUUAAAAACAUUUCCUUAUUCAAACUGGGCUGGUGAAAUACAAUCCUUUCUAUCGUCUCCCACCCUCAGUGUAUCCUCUGGGUCCAGCAACCAGCAGGAUCUCCCUCUUCCUCUCUCCUUCUUGCACUUCACCUUGCCUAUCUCACCUUUUAGAUCACUGCUCCACGUAGUUUGCUGGGCUGCCUCUCUAUCCUGGUCCCCCUACAGCUAUGCAGCCUUUGCAAAGGCUUCAGAAGAAUCAUACAUCAAAAUAACUAUUCCAUAAAAACUGAACCACAUCUGGAGGGAUGUUUGAACUCAUCAGCAUUUUAUUUCAAAAGGGAACAUGGAUAAGAAGUUCUAUUAGUAUAAAAAUGUUGUGUUAAUAUUUAAGGAAUGACAAUGACGUCACUGUCAUUUUACUUUACUUUUCUCCCGUCCUUCUCUCAGACUUGACCUGACCUGGGAUUAAACAACCAGAAAUGUUGCCACUGUAACUUGCUUCUCAUCCUUAAAGGUUGAUGAGUAAAAGGGCUGACCUCGGGACACAGCAGAAAUGGUUGGAAUGGCAAAAGUAGGGCCUUGGCUGAGGGGAACUGAGCCGCACUGUCACCCCUAAGGGGUCUUUCUGGCAUGAUAAUAGGAGGAAGUUCACGAUGCUGUUGCACGCAGAGGUGAAUAUAGAACACGUUCUGAUCCAGUGUGCCUGCCUACCAGGAGAUGCAAUAUGUCAUGUCCAGCGCUUGUUUCCGCUGUGUUCAGUGGGAUCUCUUGUUUUGCAUCUUGUGAACAUGAAGGACAAGGUCAUAAAGAUGAUGAAGAGCGUGCUCCUUCUCAUUUUGCUGAGAGUAGUAUCUGGUGUUGCAAUACUUCCUACCAUAGUAAAUUCAAAUCCACUUACAACAGCUUUUGAUAUUGUACCAAAAGGAGAUCUCGAAUAUAUGGUUGUUACCACAGGAGACCCUGUUCUAGAUUAUGAAACCAUGCCAAAGAGCUUUGAUUUACAGAUUUUUGUUGAAGACAUAACUGGCAGAACUGACCUUAAGACACUGACUGUCCGAAUAAUAGAUAAAAAUGAACAUCCUGUAUUUCGAGGAAAUAUGGCAAUUCAAACUGUAACCCUCUAUGUCUUGGAAGGAGCACCUCAGGGACGCAUUUACCAAGUUUAUGCAACUGAUCCUGAAAAUGCUGAACUCAAAUAUUCACUGCUCCCUGCACCAGUGCCAUUCUUGGUCUUGGAAAAUGGAGAUAUUUUUUCCACAAAAGUAUUUGAUUAUGAGAGAGAUCAACAUUGCUACUUUUUAAAUAUAACAGUGACCGAUCCAGGUGGACUCAACUUGACUAAAACAGUGAAUAUAAAUAUAAUUAACAUCAAUGAUGAAAGACCUUAUUUUACCACGAAACAAAGAAUUUACAGGAUAAAAGAGGAGCAAAGCCCAGGCACUCCUGUUGCCAAUAUAACAGCUAAAGAUCCUGAUGAUGAAGACUCUCCCAGCAGACUUUUCUACAGCAUCCAGUCUUCUGACAGAUAUUUCUCCAUAAAUCCAUCAACUGGAGUGCUGCAGGUAACCAGGAGAAUCGACCGAGAUGCCUUUCCACUGCGGCUCCAUCCUAACGUUUCAGUGAUAGUCCGGGUGGAGGACAGUCCCAGUGGAGGCCAUGCAAGCGAAAUGGAGAUCACAGUCAUUAUUGAUGAUAUCAAUGACAACUCACCAGAAUGCAAUCCUUCUACCUUCAGGAAAGAGGCAAAUGAAAAUAUGACUGCUGGGACAUUUCUUCUUGAACUUAGAAAUUACUGUGCAGACACUGAUAUUGAUCCAUUAAACAAUCGUUUUAAUUUCACUGGACUAUCUGGUUUUGGAAGCAAUAACUUUGCUCUGGAGUCAGCUGUGUCUGGAAGACUUGUGAUGACUGGAAGUAUUGAUUUAGAAAACCCAGCUAAUCUAGGAGUUGCAGUUUAUUCUUUGACUGUUAGGGUGCAAGAUAUUGCCUAUCCUGACUACUCAAAUAUCAUCUAUAUUUACAUCAGGAUAAAACCAGUGAAUGAUUAUUUUCCAGUCUUCAAUGAUUUAUCAUAUGAAUUUAAUGUUCCAGAAAUUACUAAAGUUGGAUCCAGCAUUGGAAGAGUGAGCGCCAGAGACAAGGACUGGCCACCCAGUGUCAUCACUUACUCCAUUGUAGCUGGAGGAAGCAUCAAGGAUUACACAAAUCUCUUCUGGAUCAGCCCAAGCAAAGGAGUUGUGAAGAUUUUAGCUAGAUUAGACUAUGAAACAACUCAGAAACACAUUCUUGUAGUACAGGCCUCAGACCAAGAGAAGAGUGCAACAGCAUCUGUAACUGUCAAUGUUUUGGAAGUAAAUGAUGAGGAACCAUUUUGUUCACCCAAUUUCUAUUCAUUUCAAAUCCCAGUCAGCUUAGCUGUUGGGACCAAUAUUAAUGGUUUCAAGAUUGAAUGUAAAGAUCGUGAUUCUGAUCCCAGAUCUUUCCGUUACUUCAUUAAUGAAGGCAAUGUGAACAAUCAUUUCACCUUUUCACCAAGUGCUGGCUCCAACACAUCUCGGCUGAUUCUUGCAUCAAGGUUUGACUAUGAGAAUGGACUUGAUACAAACUGGAUUUACAGACUGCGUGUCUAUAUAACAGAUGACAACUUACUAUCUGCCAGGAACAAAGCUACACACCUCAUUAAAACUGGAACAGUGACUUUAAACAUCAGAGUUAUCCCAAACCCAACUACUGUCGUUGCCACAACGCCUAGCUUCACUGUUGUGAUGAAAAAGGAAAACCUCUUUUCUGAAUCAGCGUGGUACGUGCCGUUCAUCAUCACCCUCAGCAGUUUGUUGCUCCUCGGACUGCUGGGGUACCUGGGGUUCCUGCUGGUGAAGUGGCUCCGCACCCACUGCCCUCCGUCAGGCAAAGCAGAUGGCACGCCUCUGAUGAACGCUCCAGAAAAGAAGAAACCUAAGAAAGAAGUGAUUAUGACAAUGACAAAGCUAAACACUGUCUUUGAUGGAGAAGCCAGAGAUCCAGUCACUGGCAAAAUCUAUGAAUUCAAUACACAGUCGGGAGCCAGGAGGUGGAAAAAGAGCAGCGAGUCCCUCCAGCUGGCACCGGGCAUGCAAGUAAUAUCGAGUGCCACAGAUGAUGAUGGCCAAGGGACAGACAGAGUACAGGUACUGAGCAAAAAAGAGCCUUCAGAGAAGAGGAAAGAGCCAACAGGAGAAACAAAACCAGCUGCUCCAACCUCGGCAGGGCAAUUGGAAAGAACAGACGGAGACGAGCACAGAUUACAAAAGCAGAAAUAGGAGUUUGAGGAGAGGCAGUUGUCCUUACCACUUCACCAGGCAGAUACUGACCUCCUCUCCCAAAAUGAAUGCUGCAUUGCCUUUAAGCCAGCCUUAAAGCAUAGUGCACGAGACUCCAAGUCAUCUCCCAAAUGACCCCUGCUCCGAACAGCCAAAGAAUCAACCAAUGCUAACAGAUGUCAUUUUCUCUCUAUACAUCUCAGCUGCAAAAUAUUAAGUGGGUGCUGCUAUGUAAACUGGACCCAAAGGCAGGAUGAAGCCAGACUUACCUUUGGCAGAUGCAGGUAAGAGUGGGAGGGAAGGAUAGGGUGUGAAAGCAGUCAUGGACAGAAACAUCCACUUCCCUGUGGCUAUAGCCUCUGGCAGUUUCCUUCUGGAAGAGUGCUGUGCCCCUAGGCUGGCAUGGCCAUGUCCUCAGACCAACUUUGGGGACAGCAGUGUACACAUGGACAUGCUUUCAUACUGGUGAAUGAGGGUCUCCUGCCACUGCUGAGCAGCAGGAUGAAUGAAAAGCACAUUAGGGUUGAAAAGUUUGCUGUUAACAGCUAAAAAUAUUUUCUUUUCAUUAAGUAUUUUAUUUCAGCCCUUCCUUGCCCUCCCACCUUGCAGCAGAAAAGGCCAUGGCUUGAAAGCAGUUUGGAGUGGAGAAACCCCACAGCUUGCUAUGAUAUCUCAGACUGUCAUGUCAACGCUUUCAGCUUAUUUAUCUUUUGUAACACUGGCGGCAUUCAAUAUCUUCACCUUUGGUAUUUCCUCUGGUGUAUUUAGUGUUUUACAGAAUCAAGUGGAACACACUCAAAAGAAUAAUGACAGUAAACACAUAGGGGGAAAGAAUCUUUUCUGAGUGUGGGCGCGUAUAAUGUAAGUGCUCUUUAAGAACCUGAUAUAAAACAACCAAACUCUACAAGAUUAAAGAAAAUUAUAUUAAUCUGAAGAAAAUGAAUUAUAAAUUACAAGUUAAUACUUAAUGUCUUGGCUUCUUUUCUUUCCUGAUUACAAAAUGGUCUUUUGGCAACAAAGGAACUGAUAUCAGAUGGCAAGAGAAAAUAUUUACUUUAAGUUGAGCAGGGACCGUCAAUGAAGAUUUUAUCAAAAAUGUGACAUACAUUGUUCGUUGUACAAUGGAGGUCCUGGAUGGAGAGGCCAAAGGUAAUUUCACCGAGGAUCCUACACUUUACAAAACCACCUGCCAUGGUGGUGCAACUCUUUGCUGUGCUCCAAAGGAACAGUUUGGCUCAGGUACAACUUCCCUUACAAACACCAAAUGUCUUCAGUUAAACGCCAUUUCCUUGCGCAAUCAGAAAUGCAGCAUGUCACAAACACCACAAUGAUAAAGAUAGGAAAGAGUGAUUUAUACUCUCUGAGUAUGCUGUCAGUUUACCUUGUCUGUGGUGGUUGUUAUAGUGUUUAACCUCCAGCACCAACAGGGCUACCGCACGUUCAGAGUUACAACCCACUGUUGUUUGCAUUCAUUUGCUGUAAAUAGAUCUAUUUGAUUUCUUUGCAGAUGGUUUUUCAGUGACAUAGACAAGUUCUGUGGUAACUGGUAGUACUUCUGUAACUUGGAUCUUUCUAUUACUCUGACACCAAGCUACCCACAGGCAUGACUGGCACCUACAGACAUCAAAUUUUUGUUACCUGAAGAAGUUAACUGCUUUGUUUUCAUGACAGGAAGACACACAGGCUUUUGUGUUUAUUUUCCUGGCAAUUUCUCUAGGGCAGCUGCUCUUCUUCCUUGAUUCCUCUCAUUCUACUUCUGUGAUUGAGACAAUUACCCUUUUUUAAAGUGAGGCAGAGGCAGGCUGUAUUUCAGCCAGGAAACCUGGAAAUAAAUGGAUGAAAACUCAUCUUUCUUCACUACUGUUCCAGCUGCUGAACUGCACAAACUUCUUUUCUUCCUUCUC